AUGAGAACCUGCUGCUGUGGACCCCAGUGUGAGCCCUUCUUCCUGUUUGCUCCUCACACUGUGUCUGAAACGCCACCAUUAGCCUUCACCAUGAAACAGUCCAAGGGGGCCAGAAACUAUGUGUUCUACGCACAGCACCCAGAGAAGGAGGAAGAGGUGCCCUCAUGGCACGAAAUCAAGCAGACCCCUGUUGUCAUGGCCACAAUCAAAGGUCCAGGGCCUGCCAAGUACCUCCGGCCAUCCUGUACUGGCUAUAUAGCCCACGACAUCUCCAUGUUCCAGGAGCCAGCUUAUAGUCUGCACACACGGCACACUAAGAAACGGAUCAUAGACAUAAACAGCCCCGGACCUUGCUAUUACUUGAAUCCCAAAGCAACUCGUUUUGGAAUAUCUACCUGCCCCCAGGUAUCCAUGGAGGAGCGCAUCCCCAACCUACGCAUAAAUAGCACACCAGCCUCCUGCUACUACAACAUUGAGAAGACUCGACCCUCUGGGGAACGUAGGCCCCCCCAGUACACUUUUGGCUACCGGUGUCCAUAUAGAGUGAUGGACCCCAACCCGGCUCCUAACCAGUACCAGCUGCCACUCACACUGGGGCCCAACAUUCCUGUCUCCCGAGCUGCCCCUUCCUAUAGUCUGGCUUCCACAAACAAGAAUUGGUUCCACAAGGAGAAUAUAGCAGGAGGUCCUGGACCUGCUAUGCACGCUCGACCUGAGCCGUCCGUCUACCAGAACCGCAGCCCGGUGUUUAGCAUGGCCAAGCGCUUUGACUAUCCUCUGGACCACACGCUUCGGCCUGGCCCUGGCUCCCACAACAUUCAGCCGGUCACCGUGCACAAGCCCCGCAUACCUGCCUUCACCAUGGGCAUCAAACACUCACCCCACUUGUGCCCACUGAUUGUGAACAUUUGUGACUGA